AUGGGGGGAAUGGGAGGAGGUGGGAUGGGAGGAGGAGGGAUGGGGGGAAUGGGAGGAGCAGGAAAAGGGGGGAUGGGGGGAAUGGGAGGAGGUGGGAUGGGAGGAGGAGGGAUGGGGGGAAUUGGUGGAGGAGGGAUGGGGGGAAUGGGAGGAGGGGGGAUGGGGGGAAUGACCACAGGUAUGGGCAUUAGUGGAGGGUCUAGAGCCGGCGAGCCGUACCGCCUGGCUGCUCACGACAGCCCAACCUCCCCUCGACACAUGCAGUCCAGUCAGGGGUCUGGCAUGGGGCAAGCCCCAGGGUCUGGUCACGGGAUGGGUCAUGGCCCAGCUGGGUCCGGCAUGGGAGGCCACGGAGGUCAAAGUCCCGGUCAGCAUGCCUCCAGACGAAACCUCCAAGUGGACUUCAGCAGUUCGCGGACAGGCCGGUCUCCUUCUGUGUCUCCUGACCGGGGUGUGACACCCACCUCGCCCUACUCCUUGCCACAGAUUGCACCCAUGCCGAGCAGCAAACUGUGCCCAGUGUGCACCACCACAGAGCUGUCCAACCCACCAUCUGUACCCAACUACAACACCUGCACUCAGUGUAAGGCCACUGUGUGCAACCAGUGUGGAUUCAACCCCAACCCUCACCUUACUGAGGUCCAAGAAUGGUUGUGUCUGAAUUGUCAGAUGCAGCGAGCUCUUGGCAUUGAUAUGACCACGCCUCGCUCUAAGAGCCAGCAGCAGAUUCACUCUCCCUCGCAUCAAGCCAAACCCAUUGUCCAGCCUCAGCAGCCCGCAGCACAGCCAACACAGCCCACAGCAGCAGCACAGUCCAAACCUUUGGCACAAAGUCAGUCUCCCCAGCGGCAGCCGCAGCAACAGAAACAGCAACCUCAGUCGCAGCCUUACAGCCAGACUCAACCCUACUCCCAGUCCCAGCAGUAUCCCCAGUCUCAGCCCCAGCCAUACUCUUCAUCACAACCAGGGCCCCAGACACAGCCUCACACCUCUCAAAGCUUACAGACACAUCUGGGCUCUGGUGGCUCCCAGAGUAAGACAGGGCCCUCUCAGCAGGGCAUGAGGUCUGACCAAUACUCCCAGAGAGGACUUGGAGCUCCAGGAGGUGUUGGAGGUACAACAGGAGGCUCCAGCCAGCUAGGAGGUCCUCGGAUUCCCCACCCCGGGGCUGUACCUCUCCCUGGUUUGACAAAGGCACCCUCACAACCCGAUUUGGGCCGUGGUUCUCCAAUGCAUCAGUCUGUGUCACGGCACCAUGACCAAACUAGAAGUGCUGGAUCCUCUCCAGCCCAUAAACCUCAGAGUCAGAUCCCUGCCCAGGAUGGCCUGACCAAACUGUUUGGUUUUGGGGCCUCACUUCUCAAUCAGGCUAGUACUCUGAUCAAUGUUGACCCACUACCAACAGCCUCCACACAGCCAAGCCCUGCACGGGGCAAGGUGGUGUUCAGUAAUGCAACUCCUGAAAACAAGCAGCAGCAACAAGGGACUGCCGGCAUCAAACCUUUCAGUACAGGGGGUCCUCAAGCUCCAAUCCAAAUGGGUGGUCCUCAAACUUCAAGCCAAAUGGGUGGUUCUCAAGCACCAAGCAAAAUGGGGGCUCCUCGUGGAACAAGUCAAAUGGCGGGUCCACAUGCACCAAGUCAGAUGGGGGGUCCACAUGCGCCAAGUCAAAUGGGAGGUCCUUAUGCACCAAGUCAGAUAGGGGGUCCUCAUAUACCAGAUCAAACUGGAGGUAUUUGUGGUCCUGGCCAGAUGGGGAGUUCUUAUCUGCCAAACCAAAUGGGAGCUCCUCAUGCACCAAGUCAGCCAGGUGGGCCACAUGCACCAGGUGAAAUAGGAGGAACAACAGGUGGACAACAUGCACCAACCCAAAAACAACAGCAACAGACCCAACAACAAGAAAUGCCAAAACAGCAACCACAUGGUCAAUAUCAAAAGGAUGUUCUAGGACAACAUCAGCAAACAUCUGCUCAGCAGCAGAAAGUGUUGCAGAAGCAGGAGCCAGUGGCAGGACCUGUGGUAGCUCCAGAGCCGGUGAAGCCCAAGGUGAACUGCCCUCUCUGUAAAACGGAGCUGAACAUCUGCAACUCAGACCCUCCCAACUACAACACCUGUACGCAGUGUCAAAGCCAAGUGUGUAACUUGUGUGGCUUCAACCCGACUCCACAUCUGGUUGAGAAAAAAGAGUGGUUAUGUCUCAACUGCCAGACACAGCGGCUGAUGUCUGGAGGCGGCCUUGAUGAGCCUCCUCUCCCUGUCCCUCAUCCAUCCCCUAAACACCAACCAAUGGGCUCACCACGUCACCAGACACCAACCAGCCAGCAAAGCCCUCUUCACAAGCCCACCACCACUCAGCAGGGCCCCAAACUGGCCCAGCCUCAGACACAAAAGCCACAGGUGGGAACUGGUGUUGGUGGGCCAUUUGCUCCCACGUCUACCAAACAGUCGACUGACACCAAGACCACAGCAGCAGCCGUAACACCAGUGCCAACCACUGAGACCCAGAAACAAACUAAACCAACAGAGGAGAAGUCCAAGACUGAGCCUGAGACCCAAACUGCAAAAGAGACCAAACCCUCACAGUUAAGAGGAGAGCAGAUCACACCUGUCAAGGAAAUCAAAAAGUCCAGACACUACGAUGAUACAAAAAAUAACAGCACCCACGACUUGUCACGCAGCCCUCAGAGCCUCAGUGACACCGGCUACUCCUCUGAUGGGAUCUCAAGCUCACACAGUGAAAUUACAGGCCUAAUCCAGGAGGAGGAGAUGAAGCUGAGUGAGAGAGGGAUCAGUGGGCGGGGUUCCCCACCUAGUCCCUCUGAAAUCACCAAAUUAGAGAGCUCCAUGAGGCCACUGUUAGAAAAAAGCCUCUCUGAAGAGAAACCAGACAGAAGGGCAAGGAGGCACAGAGACUUAGAUGACAGAGGAAAGCAGCGUCCACGUUCACUUUCAAUCCCGCCAGAUGCAUACGACUCUGACGAGGAAUUAGAGGAUAUAAUGGAGGAAGAAGAAGAUGGUGGAGACUGGGAGGGGAAAAGGAAAGAGGGGAAAGAUGAGAAGAAAGAGAAGAAAAAGAAGGAAAAGGAGACUGACCACACUGAGAUGACUGAUGAGGAGUUCAUGAGAAGACAAAUAAUGGAAAUGAGUGCAGAUGAAGACAAUGAGGAGGAAGAAAUGGAUGAAGAUGAAGAUGAGGAAGAUGAGGGAUAUGGCUACCAGAAACCCAAGAAAAUUCACCAUAAACACAUCAUGUCUGAUUCAGGGAAAGAAAAAAGACGCCUACAGCAUCAUUCUAGUAGUUUUGAAGAGGAAACUAAAACCUCUACUGAUGUUUACAAGAGCUCAUUGGAAGAGGGUGAGGAAGAUGUGAUGGCAUCACAGGGGGGACUGAGGCGCUUCAAAACUAUUGAACUCAACAAUACUAACAGUUAUAACAGAGAUAUAGAGCUGAGCAAUGAAAAUGAUCUAAGCCUUGAUCGGGAACCAGAGCUGGAGAUGGAGAGCUUGACAGGAUCUCCUGAGGAGCGUUCAGGUCAUGACUAUUCUUCAUCUCUGCCCCCAACUUCAUCCUCAUAUGGCUCAGGGCAGUCUCCUACAUCUAUCUCAUCAAUGGAGGAAGACAGUGACAGCAGCCCCAGUAGGAGGCAAAGACUAGAGGAAGCCAAGCAGCAAAGGAAAGCACGCCAUCGCUCUCAUGGCCCUCUGCUUCCCACUAUUGAAGACUCUUCAGAAGAGGAUGAGUUAAGAGAGGAAGAAGAACUUUUAAGAGAACAGGAGAAAAUGAGAGAGGUAGAACAGCAGAGGAUUAGAAGUACAGCACGAAAGACCAAAAGGGAUAAGGAGGAGCUGAGGGCACAAAGGCGCAGGGAAAGGUCUAAGACCCCACCUAGCAACCUUUCCCCCAUUGAAGAUGCUUCCCCUACUGAAGAGUUAAGGCAAGCAGCAGAAAUGGAAGAACUGCAUCGUUCUUCUGCUUCUGAAUAUUCCCCUCAAAGUCUUGACUCUGAAGCUGAGGGCUAUGAAUCUAAAAUUUAUAAGUCAGGCAGUGAGUACAACUUGCCUACGUUUAUGUCUCUAUACUCAACAAUUGAGAAAUCCUCCACAACCACAACAACAACUGCACCUUCAUCUACUUCUAAACCUCUGAAGAGUGCUGAAGAGGUUUAUGAGGAGAUGAUGAAAAAGGCAGAAAUGCUUAAAAAACGAGAUAAACUACAGCAGCAGCAACAACAACAUGUACGGCAUGGGCAGUACUAUGAGGAGGAUAUCAAUGGACAGAAUUAUGAUGAUGACUAUGACUAUGAGCAAGAUCAAACUGAAUAUGACAAUGAAGCAGCAGAGACAGAAACUGAUAUAUAUGAGGAAAUUCGACAAGCAUCUCAAAACAUCACCAAGAUGCAGCAGGCUACAGAUGAACAAGUAGAAAUUGAAAUUGAAAGCUCUUAUCCUGACAAGCAGCUCUUAGAUACAGGCUCAGCCUUUGCUAAGCUACUGGAGCAAAGUAAUGCUCUCUUAACUCCAGGGACCAGCCCUACCCAGAUCUCAGCUCCUGUCUCUUUUGUUGAGACUGGGGGUAGGAUACCAGAUGUGAGAGUAAGCCAACAUUUCACUACAAAAGAUGGACAUAAAGACAGGAUCAAAAGUCAAGCAGGAAAGAAUGGAAUUACACCAACAGUGGCUGCUACCACCAUUGCAGCUUAUGGAGUUUAUGCCAGAGAUGCAGUAACUCUCUCUCAAAUGAGUUCAAGCCACACUGUGACAUCUACUCAGUCUGAAACAUCUCGCAGACACACCGGAAGUUUUGCUACAUCUUCAGCAACAGUCUCAAGUGUAUGUAGCAAGAUUGCAGAGAUUACCCAGGCAUACAGCCAAAGAGAAGUGAUCACCAGGAGGGUUGGGGAAACUAGGGGUGUCCAGAUGCGAGACAACUCAACAUCCUCUACUGAGAGGAUUGUUGAACCACGUUCUCCUAAGUAUACCACUUAUUACAGAAGCACUAGUCCUCCUCUGUCUCCAUCUCCACCACCACCACAAAGUCCAACACGCUCCCCUUCGAGAAGGGCGACUUCAGAGUUCUCUACACAAACUUUUAGCUCAGCACUGCGAAUGGAGCCUGCUGAUUCUGGGCCACCAUCACCAGUGAUGGCUCAGGGAACCCAAACAUUACAUAGAUCUAUUUCACCACGGUUGUAUCGACAGCAGUCUUCCCAGGAUGUCCCAUACUCCCCACCUCCAACCUCAACUAGGCCAAUGACUGUGAAUACUGCUACUUCCCCCUUGUCCUCACCAACUCGAUUUAGUUGCCAGUCAACAUUUGACAGUUAUUCUCCUUGUGGCAGCCCCCCAGACACACCACCUUACCAACAGUCUCCAACACGCAGCUUCUAUCGAACACAAAGAGUAGAGAAGGUAAGUGUAGGGACAAGUAUGGUCACCACAGCCAGCUUAUAUAGCAGAGGGUCUGUGUCAAUGGAUAACAUCUCCCUCUGUAGAAUAUCCACUGUCCCAGGUACCUCAAAGGUAGAACAGGGUCGUAUGAUCCAGGGUGGUAGUGUUGUGGAUCUCAGAACAGUCACCAAACCAGCUCCUAUUAUCAUGACUGACCAGGGAAUGGAUCUCACUUCUUUAGCUACAGAAAGCAGAAAAUACUAUGGUGGACCAGAGGGUAGCAGACAUUCAACAAUUAUACAGCCUUUGAUUAUGAACUUACACACCCAGGAGACCACAACACCAACUACUGUGAGUGUCACAGUAGCCGCUUCUAUGUUUAUGACGCAACCCAAACAGCCUACAGUUUAUGGUGACCCUUAUCAAAACCGAAUGGAUCUGGGUCAGGGUAUGGGCUCUGCUGUGUGUCUAUCUCCUAACAAAGCACCUGUCUCUCCUCCAGCUGACCCAUCAAUUCCAAAAAUUGAUGCUAAACUGGAAGAUCUCAGUAUCCAGCAGAGAGAACUGCAAAAACAACAAGAGAAGCUGCAGAAACAGCAAGAGAUCCUUGAACAACAAUUACAACAGCACCAUCAGAUGCAGCAUCAGCAAACAUCAGUUUUAACCAAAUACAACAGUCCAAGCCAAAUAACACCUUUACUCAAAAAAAACUUGAUGGUCAGUCAGACUAGUGCUGCCUCAGUUAUGGUAAGUGCAGUAUCACCUGUCAUUAACCCUGAAAUGUAUGGUGCUAGCCCCAUUGAGCUAAGAGGAAAACCCAGUCCACCUGGUUUAAUGCCAGGAGUACAAUUAUCACAUAGUAUGGUAGUACAGAUGGAUGGCGGGCCAGAGCCAGUCAGAGCUGUAACUGAACUAGUAAAGGUGGAAGAAGGUCAGGAUGCAGUGGAUCUGACAGGAGGCCAAAUAAAGUCUGACAACCAACCCACUUGCUGUGAUGUUGUUUACAGACUUCCUUUUGGUGGAAGUUGUGUUGGUGGCUCUGAGAAAGAGGGCAUAAGGCCACCAUCUACCCCUCCUAUCACCUAUGAAAUUGAGCAUGAAAGACAACCUGGAAGGUACCAUGAAUAUCCAAUGGAAACGCGUAAGGCCUACACGUUACCUUUUCCUGGUAGGCUCCAGCCUUCAAUGUCUGAUACAAACCUGGCUGAUGCUGAACUACACCAUCCUAAAAUGGAACCACAUCUUCAACCUUCAGAUGAACUUGUGAUGGAUUUAACAGCAAUGAAACAGGGCUAUGGAGGAUACAUGGGAAUGCAAUAUGGCUCCUAUACAGAUUUGCGGCACGGAGGAGACAUGUCAGCUCAAACACUUCCUAUAAGAAGAUAUAAUUCCUUGUCUAACAUCAGCUCAGAUUAUGGCUAUUCUGCACGUGACAUUGCUAGCUUCCAAGAAGCUAACUUGGCCCAAUACAGUGCUACAACUGCAAGAGAGAUCAGCCGAAUGUGUGCAGCACUUAAUUCCAUGGAUCGGUAUGGAAGCAACCCAGACUUGAUGCAGUUUUCUAGCUUAGGGAGAGGUACUGGGCCAGGUGCUUCCAGACUAGCAGCAGGCAUUGGAUUAAGACAAAAUCUUAUGUUUGGAUUAGAUGGAAAGCCACUCUCUCAAAGUCAGGCAUUGACAAACCUUAUCAAUGCCAGGCAGGCAAGUCUGAGAGCCAUGUAUCCUGCUGCUAUUAGGUCUUCAGAUGGAAUGAUUUACUCCACUAUUCAGACCCCCAUUGCUUCAACAGUUCCGAUUACAACCCAACCUGCCUCUGUUCUUCGACCGUUACUAAGAGGAGUCUACAGGCCAUAUGCCUCUCCCAGCAUGGCACCAGUGCCCCUUUCCAGUCUUACUAGAUUACCAGUAAGCCCCAGAAUGCCCUUAAUUGGACAAGCUCCAGUUCGUUACCCAGCACCAGGUAUUCUACAAACAAUUUCAACUAUUUCCUCUAUCACGUCAGCUGCAUCAGCUUCAGCCUCGAUAGUAACCAUUGCAUCUGCUUCUUCGACAACUGCAAACUCAGUAGUUCAGGCUGAACCAGUUUAUCUUGGUAAAGGUGCUACAGUGACAUCAGCAGUGGUCACUUCAAUACAAGGAGCAGUUGUUGUGCCAUCCGAACCACAAGAGCAACCAAUAAACCUGUCUCAGGCACACCUGAACAGUCAACAGCAACCGAAACAAGUAACAACAGCUCAGCAGCCACAAACUCCCCCUCCAGCCUAUGCCUACCCACCCCAAGGCCCUGUAAUUAGUCAUGGCCAUGCACAACCACUACCCAUUCCAUCUGACCCCACUAGUGGCUUGCCCAUUGCUGGGGGUCUUCCCCAAUUUCCUCCACCAGGUGCUAUUCACAAAGAGGGUGAAACUGAGGCAGAGAGGCUGCAUCGGCAACAAGAGCAGCUCCUGCAAAUGGAAAGGGAGCGUGUGGAGUUAGAGAAACUUCGGCAACUGCGUCUCCAAGAGGAGCUAGAUCGUGAAAGAAUGGAGUUGAAGAUGCACAGAAAAAAAGAGCAGAUACUGGUGCAGAGAGAAUUACAGGAGCUGCAGAAUAUCAAGGAACAGGUGCUACAUCAUCAGCAGCAAGAACGUGAGAAACAACUUGUUCUCCAGCGGGAGCAGCUGGCCCAGCAGAAAUCCCAGUUAGAUCAGAUACAGUCGUUACAGAAGCAGCUCCAGCAGCAGCUGGAGGAGCAGAAGAGACAGAAAACAGCUGCUGUAUUUCAGGGCAUGCAGCUGGAUAUGGCCGGACAGCCACUACACCCCUACAUAGACUCUCAGAUGAACUCUCGCUCUCUCCCCAACUCCUCCUCAGAAAUGUGUUUAAGGACCCAAGAUGAGCAUGAGACCAGGGCUGGCAUGAGGAAACACAGCUCCUUGAGCAGACUGAGUAGGGACACCACGGAUGGAGAUGGUGUGGUGUUUUAUGGAUCCUCCCGCAAGAAUGUGGAUAGCUGUGUACAGACUGAUGAUGAAGAUGGAGAGGAGAGAUAUAUGAUGCGUCACCGCACCCGGAGGCGUGGUCGCAGCGUUGACUGCUCUGUCCAGACUGAUGAUGAUGAAGACAAGGCUGAACAUCCAGUCCGUCGAAGACGAUCCCGUUUCUCCCGACACUCUGAAUCUAGCGCUACUGGCAGCAGCACUGCAGGGACAACCACCUCCGCCUCAGACACUAAAACUGAUGCAUCUAAGAUAGUUUCCUCCAGUAUUGCCAUUCAGACCAUCAGAGAAGUGUCUUGCCAGACAGAAGUAGAGCACUUGGGAAGAGUCUCUCCAGCAAUCCAUGUGACAAUGCCAGACCCUAACAAAGUAGAGAUUGUGCACUACAUAUCUGGACCUGAACGGACACAAAAAGGACAAUCUCUUGCAUGCCAAACUGACCCAGAAGCACAGUCACAGGGGGUUGUAGCUCCCCAGCUCAGUGUACCAACAACAGUCAGUCCAUAUUCUUCCUCUACCAGUACAGGAACACAGCAGUCCAGUUCGACUGAACUUCUGACCCACCAGCGCCAGCAGCAGCACAUCACAGCCAAUGCAGCCAAAUUUGAGCGCCGCCGCCCCGACCCACUUGACAUCAAUUAUCAGCCUCACAAUCACCUUCACAACGAGUCGAUCUCCAGCAUCAUUCGUCAGCAGCAGACAACCCCAAAAUCUCCACAAGUCCUUUACUCACCUGUCUCCCCAGUGUCCCCUCAUCGCCUGCUAGAAACCUCCCUGUCAAGCGAUAGACUGAACAAGGCCCAUGUCACACCUCAGCAGAAGUCCUACACAGCUGAAUCCCCACAGCGACACCCCUCCGUCCCCCGACCCAUCAAGAGCACUCAAAGGUCCAUGUCAGACCCCAAGUCGCUUAGCCCCACUGCAGACGAGCAUACCAAGGCCAGGCUGUCCCUGUACCAGCAACAAGCACUACAGAGCCAGCUGGCUGCCUUACAACAAAGCUCCUUGCUUCGCAAGGUCAAGCGAACCCUGCCCAGCCCUCCUCCAGAUGAAACUACUUCAUCAGCUCACCUCUCCAUGAUGACGCCUGCCCAACAACAGCUCUACCUGUCCUCUAUGCCCAGCCUCAAGCCCAGCUCAAGGUCUGGCCUGGCUGCGAAAGCCAGCCUACUCAAAGAUCUCACCCAUGAGCUGAAGGCUGUGGAGCAAGAGUCAACCAAGCUACGAAAGCAGCAAGCUGAACUGGAGGAGGAAGAAAAAGAGAUUGAUGCUAAGCUGAGAUACUUAGAGCUGGGAAUCCACCAGAGGAAAGAGACUUUGGUAAAGGAGAGGGAAAGAAGGGACAUUGCCUAUCUGAGAUGUAUGGGUGAUACAAGGGACUAUAUGUCUGACAGUGAGUUGAAUAACUUACGUUUGGCAGCUGCAGCUGCAUCACAUGAGACCAAUGGACUGCUUACAACCAGACCAAGCACUGCUCCACUUAGCCAGUUUACCAGUGACCUCAACACAGCUGCCCAAUACCCACCCACCUCAUCCUUUCUUUCCUGUCAGUAUCCCCAGAGUCAACCUGCAGCACCAUCUCAACAGUCAAGUGUGCCAUAUCAGUCAUCAACAUUCAGCCAGCCUCCUUACCCAACAGUGUCGCAGUCACAGGCACUGCCACAGCCAAUACCCCUUCAAAGUCAUGCCCCUCCUCCUGGACCUUCCUACCAGCCUCAAACAUCAUAUCCUUCUCACACCUACCCCCAAACUCAGCCCCCGUAUCCCCAGACAGAUGUGGGGUUACCAGCUGCACCACAAUCUCAGCCUCUUCCAGGGCCCACAGGUUUUGGGCCUGCACCACCUGGCCAACCCCCAUACCCCACCCACAGCUCACCUUAUCCCAGUGCUGUGUCCCCCUACCCCAGCCAGACAACCCCAUACCCUGGGCAGCCUCAAGCUGAUAUCCUUACAGUUCAUACAGGAAGACCUAGACAGACUUCUUUAGCUGAACUUGAGCACAAGAUGCCUACUAACUAUGAAACAAUCAGCAACCCCACAGUUGUAGUUACCACCACAGCCCAAGAUGUUACCUUUUCCAGUGGAGCCCCAUCCUAUGGUCAGUACACUGGAACAACAACCAUGGCAAGCUCCUAUGGGCCUUAUGGGUCUGCACCGGUGUCCAGUAGCUAUGGUGGUUACUCUACAAUGCCACCUAGCACUUAUGGUCCAUAUACUUCAUCCACAGCUAGUUCAUAUGGUUUGUACACAACAACUACUGCUAAUACUUAUGGGUACACCACCACCACAGCCAGUUCCUAUGGACAAUACACCUCUACAGUUUCCAAUGCUUAUGGACUUUCUGUAGACAGCCCUUCAAUCUAUAGUACAGCAGAAGGAAUGUAUGGGGCCCCUGGCUUAGAGCAAAAUAUUCCAAGGAAUUACAUGAUGAUCGAUGAUGUAAGCGAGCUGACGGCAAAGGAUGGGCUGGGCACGACUGCAGGAGACAUGAUGCAUCAUGGCAGCAGUGGGCGUUACCCAGGUGAUAUCCAUGGUCAUGGCAGCACACCUGGCAGCACAGCUCGUGUGGGAACUGGCAGCUCCCCUUAUGGCAGGGCACCUGAGGAGGAAGCAGCGAUGCAAGAAGAGCUGUACGACCACCACGGCAGGGGUAAGAGCAGCUACAGGCACGGACCUCUAGGGGGCAGCAGCAGCAGCGUGAGCGCUAGCAUGGGUGGGGGAUCCCCCUAUUACUAUGACUUUGACUUCAAACAUGGCAGCAUUCGCUCAGGAGUUCAGAAAUCUUUGUCAUCCUCCAGAAGCCUUCUGGCUCCUGCUGUUAUGUCAUCCAAGCGCAGCAAGCACAGAAAACUGGGGAGCAUGGAGCAAAAAAUCUCAAAGUUUUCCCCUAUUGAGGAGGCUCGGGAUGUGGAGCUAGAUCUAGCUUCCUAUACGUCAACAACAGAUGAGGCUUACCCCUCUGCCCACAUUCGAGGGCGCCAGCUGAUGGAGGAUUAUGGCUUUAAGAGGAGUGCUUACGAGAGUAGUGGUGGCACCAGGCAUGGUAAUCGAAACUAUGGCGUGAUGGUUGAUGAAGAUGAUCGGAUUUACUACACCUCCACUGGACGCUCCCGUUCCACUGGCUAUGGCAUGGACAAGAUCUCAGCCAGAGAUUACCAUGGAUACCGAAGUCGGUCCUAUGAGAGAGAUGAUCGUUCUUACCAAUCUGGCUACAGAGGCCGCAUCCCAACCAGGCAGUACUCUGAGGAGGAGAGUCCACUGAGCCCCUUGGGAAGGUUCAUGGGUUCUGGACGAUCUUCAAGUUUAGGUCCAGACCCAUAUGACAGCCACAGCAGUAGAUAUAAUUACUACUAUGGUCAAUAUGGUUCCAGUCACUCACUGCCCGAUGUUCAAGACCACAUAAGGGACCUUCCUCGGACGCAUGUCUACAAAUCGGAUGAUACAUACAUUAUAGACGAUUAUCAUUGUGCUGUGUCAGACAGUGAAGCCUACCACCUUGGCCAAGAAGAAACCGACUGGUUUGAGAAACCACGCUCGAAUUCUCGACAUUAUGGCAGCAGCCAUUCAACUGGGAGAAGUCGGCAUAGUGUCAAACAUACCUACCAUGAUUAUGAUGAGCCUCCUGAGGAAGACCUGUGGCCCCAGGAUGAUUAUGGCCAUGGAGGGCGACAUUCAUCAUCCCGUGACCACAGGCAUCAUGGCAGUUCUAGCCGCCACUCGUCCACAUCACGUCACUCUGAUGAUCCACGGUCCGCUAGGUCAACAAAGGGGCACCCCAAGGACCCAUCUAUGCACCACGAUCCCUCUGGAAGAUCCUCAUCUUCAGGAAGGCGUGGUGAGUCGAGGUCCAGAGGAUAUCAUUCUUCUGACUACUCAAGAGAUCCAACUGGGCACCAUCAUGGCCAAAGAUCUUCGAGGCAGGGAGACCCACACAGGUCCUCACGCAGCAAGUCCCAGGGCCCAGGAGACAUGCAAGGCCAACCACCAGGCUCCUCUAGGUCUGGCAGCAGCUCUGGUCGGGUUCAGGGCUCUGCCGGUGGACUUGCAGGAUCAGGGCGUCAAGGUGGUCCAGGUUCCCAGACCGACAUGGCUGCAGGACAGAGGACCCAGCUUCAACAGCAAGCCCCGACGUCAGCAGCCAGACCAGGACAGCCCGGUGCCACAGCGACCACUGGCCUUCAGCCGCAGACACCAAACCAAGGACAAGUCAUGGGGCCAGGCCAGGCCAAACAAGGCCAGAUGGGACCAGCUGGUGGGCCAAUGGGACAGGCCAGACAGGCAGGUCCAGCAGGAACCAUGCCUUCCACCAUGAUAAAGAUUGACACACCUCCAGUUACAGCUAUCGGAGCAAAAGCAGCCCCUGUCAUGGCCUCGAAGGCUGCCCAGCCCCCACUUACAGGCAUAGGCUCCAAAGCAGUUCCUAGACCUGGAGGUAUCGGCAGCGCUGCAGCAGGUCAGCCGGGCAUGGAGGGAGAAGGCAUGUUUUCCAAGAUCCUGCCUGGAGGAGCUGCUGAGCAAGCUGGCAAACUAGGAGAAGCUAUCUCUGGUUUUGGCAAAAAGUUUACCUCUUUAUUCUGAGAUGCUCAUAUUUAAGGAUUUUAAAAAAUCUAAAUGAAGUCAUGAGGCCACGUACUAGAAAAACCUGCAACGUUCCCCGUUUUUGUUUUACUAAUAAAAGAGACAUGAAGAAGAGAGACGGUGGUGACGGAGAGGAGAGCUGAGCACACUGCCAACGAGGACUGAAACCCUUUGGAUGCUUCAUUUGUCAACGCAGAGCCAACACUGUCAGAGGAAACACCGCUCCCUCCGACAGGUCACACUAUCCUUCUGAGUCCAAGCCAGCAUCCAUGUCCAGAGGAACUUUUCAUUUUCAUUCAACAAGCCCCGGCCAGUGAGCCCAAAGUAUUGUUCAGGCUCUCAGAUAAACCUGCAGCAGCUUCGAACAUCUGCGUCUCUUCCCUACGAAAGAGCAGCUGGAGGCUAAAUAUGACAGAGGCGUGCGGAAAACAUCUCCAAGGAGGUCGCGUCUCACCUCAGACGGUGAGGCUGCUGUGGCGUGCAGACGUCAUCGGCCUCACAGUCCUGUGCUCGGUCUUGCAGCUGCAUCACCUCGCUCCUCUUCUCUCUCUUUUCAAAGUAAAGGCGCAGGGAAAAUGUGAAAACUCACCGCAGGUUUUUCUCGUACUGCAGACCGAACACGACGAAGGGAACCUGAGCAGAUCCCAACCUCACAGCGAAUGAAAACAGACGACGGCGACGAGGACGCAGCCGACACUGAAGCGAGCGCGUUGGCAUGCACGGUUUUCUCUUUUUCUGUCUACAUUCCAGAUCUGAACUGUGCCCUUCUUCCUCACCUCUCUGCGUUUCCUGGAUGCUAAUUCUUUCUCCACCCCACCCCCCCAAAUCUCCUCCAGCAAUCCACAACUUGCCAUUUCUUUAAAGAAAAAAAAUGAAAGUGGAUUUAAAAAUAAUAAUAAUAAUAAUUUGGAAUGCAUGGAACUUUCUAUCUAAGACCUUACACUGUUUCAUCAGAACAGAGGCCAUAAAGACGUCGAGAAACACAUUUUAGCUAGAUAGAUAAUAGGAAAGAA